AUGGUCCACGCACUCUCUAUCAAGCCUUAUACAAUCUUUCAAAUACGUUUAGAAAAUGAUACCCUGACCAUGCGUGGUACUCCCCAAGAAUCCGUCGGGUGUGUGCUGCGCGGGCAGCUGGUACUCGCGCUGACCGAAACCACCAAAGUUAGAGAAAUUAAAUUGGUGUUUGAAGGAAAGUCGAAAGUGACAUGGAUGGAUCUAACAGAUCAAGAGCAUGUAUCUGAUCAACGCACCGUAUACCAUCAUGAAUGGAUUUUCAUUCCUUUUUCGAAAAACAUGCAUACCCUCACCCCUGAUAACUAUGCCUGGGAUUUUGAACUGGUCCUUCCUGGCUCGCUCCCCGAAACAGUCGACCACUGCAGUCACGGCUAUGUUCAAUAUAAAAUGAGAGCGAUAGUGGAACGGUCCACUUUUGCCUUUAAUUUACAAACACAAAAAGACGUUGUUAUACAGAGAAUCACCGAUCCAUUGUCGUUGGAAUACUUUAGCAGUGUCGUUGUCACGAAUACCUGGGUCGGAAAGGUGGAUUACGAAAUCUCUAUACCGAGAAAGGCGUUUAUUCUCGGUGACCAAAUACCCGUCGAGGUUACGCUAAAGCCAUUAAAAAAGAAUCUUACGGUUAAGCGAUAUGUGUGCAUACUGAAAGAAUCCGUUACGUGCAAGGCAAACAAUCGUUCAUUCCACUCGAGUCGUCUCGUGCAUAUGGGACGAGACGAUGAAUUCUCAUGCGAUGGGUCAUCAUGGGCUGCAAUCGAAGAAUUCCCAAUACCGCGCUCUCUUUCGUACUGUCUUCACGACUCGCAGAAUGAUAUCAUAAAGAUAAGCCAUAAAUUGGUAUUCUAUAUUACGUUCAUGGAUACCGAAACCAAAGCACUUUCAGAAUUGAGGGCUGCGUUACCAAUCGUCAUUGUUCCGAACGAAGACCUUAAAAGCGAAAUGACUUUGCCCAAGUAUGAUGAGCAGUGGCCAAGCGAAGUCGAGUACGAUAACGAUGGAGUGACAACAUUUAAUUUAUCAGACUCGAGACAAUUGCCUUCGUAUCAGAGUGCUGUCAAUUGUAUGCCGGCAUGUUUGUUUGAAUCGCCACCGCCUGCUUAUGAUGUCUGUGUCAAUGCUACCGUUCUAGGACAGGUGCGUUGA